GCUGCGACUUGCGAGCUGUGUGCUGCAUGGGUGUGGCGGGCAUCUUGCAGGUGCAGCUUGCAGCUCGCAGCUCGCAGCUUCAGGGCGUUGUCGCGACCUCGAGCCGGCGCUGACUCUGAAGCAUGACUGUGGACGCCGAACGGAUCCGCGGCGCUUACGCCGGCGCUGCAGCACCCGCUCGAGUCAGCGGCUGAGAGCCCGCGCAGACGACGCUCAGCAAGCAUGAAGAGGGCCACCGCUCUCCGCCCUGCCGGAUGCACGCCGGGCAAGGGUGCAGCAGGGGCGGAGCUGCAAGUGGCGCAGCGUGCAGCGAAGCUGCCCGAGCGCACGCUGCAGCCUCGUGUGCAGCCUCGGAGCAGAGAAGCGACGGGGCGUGCACAGAGCUCGGCAGUCACAGCAGAGGCGGCGAGAGCGCCAUGUCCUGCGCCGCCUCUGCGCUCCGAGCGUACGCAAGAGCGCACAGCAGCCGCAGCGCAAGCGCGAAGCAGCUCGGCAGCGACGUCGGCCAAGAGAACGCGCUCCUACGCGUGCCUUUGACGCGAGUCGCGGCAGCGCGCGCAUCGCGGCUCGAGGCCGUGUGGCUCAUGGGAUGGUGCCUGAGAGGCUCGGACGGGUAUACCCCAAGGGGGCAGGAGAGAAGCGGCGCGCGAGGUGAGGUGAGCAGACAUGGCAUGAAUGCCUGCCUGCGUGCUGCUGCGCAUGCGGCCGGCCGGCCUUCUCUCUCUGGCCGGCGUCUCGUCAGCGGCCAUCACUCUGGCCCUGAGGAGAGAUUGCCUGCUCUCGCGCGUGCAAAGUGCCAGGCAGACGCCGCAUAGCCGCCGACUCGAGCCGCAUGGUCUGAUCCGUGCAGGGGGAGUGCGAGGCUUCGUGCGAGAGGCCGGCCGCAGAGAGGUCGUCCGCACGAGAAGGGCGCUUCCGAGUCGGCUGCGACGCUUCCUCUCUGGCCGCGCGCCAAUCCCCCUGCGGCGAUUCCCGCGCGGCGCGGAGGC